GAUUUGUAAACCUGUUAAACCUUCCUAAAUAAAUAGUUAGAGAAGAUUGUGAGGGUCCGAGGAGGGAACAUCUGUCCCUACAGUGGUGCUGCCAUCAAAGGGCCUGGAAGAAGCUCUGUUCAGCACCUUGGAGUCUACAGGCAGAAGGGUCUCUCCUUGGCCAGGAAACUCGCAGCACUUGGAACCCUGUCCCUGGAAGCACAGCACUGUUCCUCACAUGCAGAAAAGGAAAUUGGAACGAAUGUGGAUUUGUCCCUAUUCCACAGCUAGCAGGGAAGAGUGCACCAAACGGUAGAGCACAAGUUAGAGGUGCAGGGAUCCCAAACUCACAAGACUCAACGCUCCUCUUAUCAACCCAUGCCACCUACCUGCAGAAAUCAAGAAAGCUUCCAACGCCUCCAUCUCCAGACAGGAGUGCACAACCUUUCCUGAAGAUGGAGAAAUCUAUCAGGAGAGAAGCUGUUCCAGAUUUGAUUUUGACCCAUAUAGAGGAACUGGUUGAGAAUUUGUAAGUGGAAGAUAGCUUGGGUGAAAGUGAUCAUGAAAUGGCAGAGUUCGUGAUUCUAACGAAUGGUAGGAUGGAAAACAGCACAAUAAAGAUAAUGGAUUUCAAGAAGGCAGACUUCAGCAAACUCAGGGAAUUGAUAGUUUUCAGCAGGAAGGUUGGUGGUGAUUGGACAUCUAACAUAGGGAAUGCCAGUGAAAAUGAGCAGAUGGGAUCAUGAGUGAGAAGGAGGCGGAGAGCCCUCUGCAGGGAGGUCCUGAGGAAGGGGCUAAACCCAAAGGGAACAUCACCCAGGAAGUCGGCUCAGACAGUCCUGGCGGGUCGGAGUUGCUGGGGGGAAACGACAGAGAGCAGCAGCUACUGGGCAGAUCCCCCCUCUGGGGGAGAGGGCUCCAAUCCAAAGAGAAACGCUACAACUGCACUGACUGUAACAAGAGCUUCAGCCAGAGCUCCCACCUUAUCCGGCACCAGGGCACCCACACGGGCGAGCGCCCCUACAAGUGCUCUGACUGUGGGAAGAGUUUCACCCAGAACUCCAACCUUGCCCAGCACCAGCGGGUACACACAGGCGAGCGCCCCUACCAGUGCCUCGACUGCGACAAAAGCUUCACCCAGAGCUCCCACCUGACGGAGCACCAGCGUGUGCACCAGGGUGUCAAGCCCUACAAGUGCACCAACUGCAACAAGAGCUUCAGCCAGAGCUCCCACCUCCUGCGGCACCAGGGCACCCACACGGGUGAGCGUCCCUACAAGUGCCCUGACUGCGGGAAGAGCUUCAGCCAAAACUCCAACCUGGUGCAGCACCAGCGCAUCCACACGGGUGAGCGUCCCUACAAGUGUGGAGAGUGUGGGAAGAGCUUCAGCUGGAGCUCCAACCUCAUUGAGCACCAGCGCGUGCACACGGGCGAGCGGCCAGACAAGUGCCUCGACUGUGGGAAGACCUUCACCCGCAGCUCUGCGCUCAUCCAACACCGACGCAUCCACAAGGGGCUGAGGCCCUACAAGUGCACGCAGUGUGGGAAGAGCUUCAACAAGAGCUCCCACCUCAUCCGUCACCAGGGCACCCAUGCCGCUGGAGAGCUGCCCUGCACAUGCACCAGUUGUGGGAAGAGCUUUACCCGGAGCAUCCAGCAGAGGCCACGGCCACACCACUGUGCUGAGUGUGAGACACGCUUCUCUCGCAUUGCUGGCAGCCAGCUACGAGCUGAUGUGGCAGUGAAGCCCUACAAGUGCGGGGAGUGUGGUAGGAGCUUCGGGCGUAGCUCGUACCUGGUGCAGCACCAGCGCAUCCACACGGGCGACAGACCCUACAAGUGUGGGGACUGCGGGAAGGGCUUUGGGGUCAGUGCCCACCUCACCCGACACCAGCUCAGCCAUGCAGGUGACCGGUCGUACCGAUGUCCCCAGUGUGGAAAGACCUUUGGAGAGAGCACAAAGCUGCUGAGCCAUGCGGGUGAGCGUCCCUACCAAUGCCCUGACUGCGAGAAGAGCUUCUGCAAAAGUUCCCACCUGGUCAGCCACCAGCGCACCCACACCGGAGAGCGGCCCUACCGCUGCACCAUCUGUGGCAAGAGCUUCUGCCAGAGCUCCCACCUCAUCCGGCACCAGGGCACCCACACGGGGGAGCGCCCCUACAAGUGCUCCAACUGCGGGAAGAGCUUCACCCAGAGCUCCAACCUUGCCCAACACCAGCGCAUCCACACAGGGGAGCGCCCCUACCAGUGCACUGAUUGCGGGAAGAGCUUCAGUUGGAGCUCCAACCUCAUAGAGCACCAGAGAACCCACCUAGCACAGAAACCCUGAACAUGGGGCGGGCCAACGUGUCUGUUUGCUGAGCAAGCUCCCAACGCUGCAGUAAACAGCAUGGGGCCAGCAGGACACUUAAUGGGAGAAAUUACUGAGUGUACAAUGCCAAAGACUAGAAACCCUCCUUCACACUGCCAGAGGCGGCUGCCCGUCCCAGCCUCGCCUGUUGCAAGAUCCGGGAGAUGAUGCCACUUGCCACAGGAGCUAAGGAACCUGUAAUAAGGCAAGUCUAAAGGGAUCUAACAUAUGCAUUCUUUCAACCUCAUAUGGACAGGCUGUCUACAUAGACUGGCAGACAGAAUGCAGGUCAUUUCAGUCCCAUGGGCAGCUCCCUAGCAUUUGUUCCUUCUUUUUGUCUAUUCUGGCCAGACUCCGUCCCAGGAUUUUAAUUCCUGUUGGCUACCUAGAUUCUAUUCCCAUUUUUUAAAAUUUGCUUUUAAUACUGUAUUUCCUGUUGUAUUGCAGUCUCUCUCCAUAUGAAAUAAAACCUGCUCCAGCAUA